ACAAUAGCAAUCACCUUUAACAAUCCCAUUCCGUUCCCGCGCCUUUGAUUGCAUUGUUCAACUUCCCUCUUCCCUGUAACACACCUAUUCUUAUCUCGCAACUCCCAACACUUACCGUUUUUGCAGAUUCCGUGGAGCAUGACCUAAACGGAACUCCAUCUUCGAUCCAAAGCGAAAAUGAAGAUCAACAAGGCCUGCGAUCUCUCCUCCAUCUCCGUCUUUCCUCCUCCUCUCUUAUAUUCAAGGAAAACAAGCGCUGUAUCAAGUGGAUUGCAAGCGUCUCACUCUCAGCAUCGCUCGCAACCGUCUCAGCAAUCAUUUUCUCAGGGGCUUUCAUCUCAGCACGGAAUAUUAUCUCAUUUCUCUCAAAACUCUCUCGACGAGGCUGUCACCACAAAUGAUCAGAGAAUUGGUUCUCAAGAACAUGAGAACUCUUUGAGGAAGAUUUCUAGCUUGCCCCGACUUACGUAUUCACGAGAAGAGAGUCAACCACCUAAUUCGAGAUCUUCGUCCAAUCUCAUGCUCAAAUGGAAUUCUGCUGAUCAUAAAAGUCAGUUAAGUGAAGGACUUGAACACCGAAUUGGCAUAAUGGAAACUUCAUUGAGCAGGUUUGCAAUGAUCUUGGAUUCUGUUCAAAGUGACGUAAUGCAAGUAAACAAAGGAACAAAGGAGGUGACUUUAGAGAUGGAAUGCAUAAGGCAGAAGUUGACUGCUCAGGAUAACUCACUUCAGUUAAUGACUAAAGGACAAGAAGAAAUGAAAGCAAGCAUAGAGGGGAGCUUGAAAUCUUUAUCUGAACAAAUGAGCCAGAUUAACAACAAAGAGAAGUUACAGGAAGUAUUUUUGGUGGUUUCGGCCUUGCCUCAUCUGAUUGAAGCAUCCCUGCAAAGUGUACAAAAUGAUCUCCAUAAUACCACAAAAGAAAUGCAGGAAAUCUCUUGCAGUUUAAAAAGCCUCAAUCAAAAGGACCCGGCAGAGCCUCCUCUAUCUUUAAAGAGUAUUAGCCAAGAAGUUACCACACCGAAAAUGUGUCAGCCUCCUGCUAAGGAAGCUAAGUCUUGUAUACGAGCUACUGUAGCUCCAAUGGGAGAAACGGGAGGCUGGAAACCAGUUAAAAAAGAAAGAGUCACUUUUUCAGAUAGAAUAUCUGAGAAGGUGCAAAAGCAAAACGAACCACACACCAAGAAGUACUUUAGGGAAGGAAGGGACUGUACAGUUAUCAUUUUAUCAGACGAGGAGACUGAUGAAGGCUUUUCCUGUCUGGUAGAAGAAAAUGCAGGUAGUUGGCAAUGCACUUCCGGCGUGCUCAAUUUUUAAUUUACUUGGUGCAUAUUUGGAUUCAGAUUUGAACGGUCAUGAAUUCAUGUUCACAAUAACGCUAUUAAUUUAAGCUUCUACGUUGGAUCACGCUUAAAUAAUUUUAACGUGUUCCAAAACAUGCAUUUUUAAAAUUGUUUGAAACUGGAUUAUUGUAAUAGUAAGCAAUCCCCGUGUAGGAGAUGACUUCAAGUUCUUCUAGAUGCAGUUUUGAGCUAUGAAAAGCAUUACUUAACGCUAUCUGCUAUUUAAAAGUGUUGGCAAUGAUGGAAAUGUGUACACUGCAUAGAAUUACUACUUAUUAUGGUAAUGAUUUGUCAAAGCACGCUAUGUAUUUAUUGAUUUGCUUUAAAUUAUUACCGGGAAUAUACAAAUUUAAUUUAACGCUGUCAUAUUUUAAGUUUUCGUUAUUUGAAUAGAAGUAUUAACUGCUGUAACUAAAUAUUUCUAUGGAGAAGAUCUAUUCGGAAAUUCGACCAAGGAAGAAGAGGAAGAAACCGAGCGGAUUUUGCGGAAAGCAAGGAGGCGCAAGAGAAAGUAUUCUAAUGCUACAACCAUCGAUUGAAGGUACCUCCUUUUGCUCUGACUUCUACGUAUCAUAGCUCUUUGGAGAAUGUUCGUAACUGCGUUUUGCUAGAAUGGAAAAAGGCUACAAUUUUGAUAAAAUUUGUGUUGGAAUAUGCAUUUUUGGGUUGAAAUAAGUAAACCUUAUUCUG